CCGCCCCCCGGCAACUCCGCGCAUGCGCAGACACUUGGCGCCAAAUUCCAUCUCCCGCGGCGGCAGGAGCCGGGUGCUGUGAGGGGCUGAGGGGAGGGACGGGAACGGGAACGGGGACACAGCCGCCACCAUGAUCGGGCAGAAGACUCUGGACUCGUUCUUCAGCUCCGCGCCGCCGCCGCAGCGUGACCGGUCCCCGGAGCCGGGCGGCAACACUGAGCUCAUGGCAUUUGUGGCAGAGGAGCGGCAGCGUCACACGGUUUACCCGCCCCCGGAGCAGGUCUUUACCUGGACGCAGAUGUGCGACAUCAAAGACGUAAAAGUUGUCAUCUUGGGGCAAGAUCCCUACCACGGACCCAACCAAGCUCAUGGACUCUGCUUUAGUGUUCAGAAGCCUGUUCCACCUCCACCCAGUUUGGAAAAUAUUUACAAAGAGCUUUCAACUGAUAUUGAGGACUUCACCCAUCCCGGCCAUGGGGACCUAACUGGAUGGGCCAAGCAAGGGGUACUUCUGCUCAAUGCUGUCCUCACGGUCCGAGCACACCAAGCUACUUCCCAUAGGGAGAGGGGCUGGGAACAGUUCACCGAUGCAGUGGUGUCCUGGCUGAACGAGAAUUUGAAUGGACUCGUCUUCAUGCUGUGGGGAUCUUAUGCACAGAAGAAAGGGAGCUCCAUUGACAGGAAACGCCACCACAUCCUGCAGACUGCCCACCCCUCUCCGCUGUCUGUGUACAGAGGCUUCUUUGGCUGCCGUCACUUCUCCAAGACAAACGAAUUGCUGAAGAUGUCUGGCAAGAAGCCUAUUGACUGGCGAGCGCUCUAAGCUGCAAGCGUGAACUUGGGGGAAGGGAGGCUUGGUGAUGUCAAUCAGUCCCUGUUUUCAAGGGUCAUCCUAUCCUGAGAAUCUUUUUUUGGAUGCUGCUCUGUUGGAUAAACGGAAGGGCCUAAUGUGAAGAAGUUCCAGUUCUUUAGUAUCUACUUUUAUGUACUGUAUGAGUAAGCAAACUUGAAUUCAGUGUGAUGUACCGGUUUUUGGACUGCUGUUUAGCAGAAAUCUGAAUCUAAUCUUGAACCAGGAAAACACCGAAGGGUGUAUUAAUGGUGGCUCAUUGACCUAAUAGGGCUGUAUUCAGGCCUUUUUUUAAUGAACUGGUUGGGAUUCUUGUAUGUUUAAACCCAUCAGCAAUUUGACUCCUGCAAGUGAAAGCCCAUCUCAGCAAUAUUUUUCCUCGCUUCCCUGUUUGGAAAUCCAUAUUUUAGGUUUUGGGAGGGGGAGAAGCACCUUUCUUUAGCAAGAGAAGCUAAAAAUAAGCCAUUAUUUUUUUUUGCUAUAAUCUGUUUCUUCUGGUUGGAAAUAUGCCGACAUCUUGAAAGUGAUAACAUUUAUUCUUUCUCAGGAAGUUUGACAGGAUCUGUGGUGUUUUUAAGUAUACGUCUGAGUUCCUUGAGGAAUCUGUGUCCCUUCAGGGAAAUUAAUCAAACGUUUUUGGGUGGGGGGGCUUAUGUGCAACAUGCACUUGUUUAAUAUUCCAAGGGAAAUUGACAGUUGCAUCCUUUUAAUUGCCACAAAAUCUUGACUAGUGAAUAUUCUGAGAUCAGUUGGUGUGUUCAUCGCCUAUGUACACACUUGGUGACAACGACUGAACUACAGAAUGAUUUAGUAAGAGAGUUACAACCCCUUUUAGGCUACAGCUGGGGGAAGGGAAUGAGAAGACCUCCUUAAUUUGCAAUAAAACUAGAACUCCCUGCAUGUAGAUUUGGGUCUAGCUUUUGCAUAGUCAGAAAAAAAUCCUGCCUGGUCCUGAAAGAGCGUAAGUGUUUUCCAUAUUUUUCUUUUAUAUUUUCUUACCUACGCUUGCCUGUCUUCCAGCAGCAAUGCCAGUUUUUUUUCACUUAAACUGGUGUGAGGUUUUAGAGGAACCUGCAGUUAGGCAGCAUGUUACAAAGGGUGGUGGGAAUUUGUUUGAAGUCAUCAUUCAAUAUCUUGCUGGCUUGAGAAAUGGGUUUGCAUGUAUGGAUUGAGCGCCAUCAAAUCUUGCUCAGUUAAAGUUUGAGUUUUCAGUGUGGGAGAGAGUUUGCUUCACUAAAAUCUGCAGGAGGGUGGGUCAGCUAGUUCAAAGCAGAUUAUCGGAGUCUCUUCCUUUAUUAUGUGAAUGCUUGCAUGAACUAAUGCAGCAAGCACUUCCCAACGAUCUGUUGCAGCAAUCGAUGCUCCUCUUGCAAAGCGAAUGGCAGAACUUCCACUUGUGUCAAUAGUAAAAAUAUUGAUUCUCAGGUUUCCAGUAUUGCUGAAUUGUCAGUAAUACCUCUUUUAGCUCUAGUUAAUUAGAAGAAAGAGUUGUUUUUGCCUUUCUGUGGAGCUGCAUGACUUCUUUUGAUGCCAUACUAGUACAUUUUAGUGCCUCUAUAGGAAAAAGCUAUUUUUGAAUCUCUGUUCUAGUAGGUAACACUAGCAAAAAUGAAAAAGUUCUGUGUUUCUUUGUAUGUACUGUGCAAAGGGAGCUUGUUGUUUUAUUUUGUUUUUAAAUAAAUGGCUACUGUUUUUGUGUUUGUA